CACGGGUUACCCAUAACUAGUCUUUGAAUAGAGAACGCAGCAACAAAACCUCACCAGGUAUUUCUCUCAGAACUGUCUAGUGUUAAUCCCAAAAGUUGACACCCCUAGCAGAUUUGGAGAAUUCAGACCUGUAUGGUAAUCAGAAGAAAUUCAGCUGGUACAAGCUUGAGCAGCAGGUGGAAAUGGAUAGUCAAUGCAACAACAAUCAAGUCCUUCCCCGGAUCCAAGCUAACUCUACCAUGGAAAGACUUUUGCUACAAGUUACUGAAGCUACAACCAAUACCAAAGAUCAUGGUGAUCUGUUGGCAAAAACCAGAGCAAGGAGUAUACAAACUGAAUACUGAUGGAAGUUACGACAAAAAUAAUGGGAAUGCUGGACUAGGAGGAGCUCUCAGAGCUCUUAGAGAUGUAAAGGGACAACUGAUGAUGGCAUUUUCAGUAAAUUAUCAGUACACCAGUCACAACAUGGAAGAGGCUAAAACAGCCUGGUAUGGAGGGACCUGGUGCAAACAACAUGGCUACAACAAUCUUGUGAUAGAGCUAGAUUCUAUGGUGAUCACAGACAUGCUCAGAAACAAGAAUGCUGGGAGUUUCAAGCUCAACAAGAUAAUAGAAGAUACUAGUGAAGUGCUUUCAAAUGUCAAGUUUACUCAUUGCUUUAGGAAGGCUAAUCAACCUGCAGAUUGGCUAGCAAAAAAGGCAAUGAAUUCUCAUGACAACAACAUUUACUUAUCAGAAAAAGAGCUACCAAAUGGUGCAAAAGGACCUUACAUCUAGACAAAAGACAAGUUCCUUCCAUUAGGUUGAAAUUUGAUAAGGCUAAUUUCUUUGUUAGUUAGGCUAACUUCAUUUAUAGUAUGGGAUUGAGCAAUAAGUUCUUUUUUGCUGGAAGCUCAAUC